CCUCGACAUGACUGCAGAAGUCUGGAUGUAUGGAGAAUGUCUCCACUAUUUUUCUCUUCUCAUUCCCACUCUAAUGGUUUUCAGCUUGGAUGUGGUCAUGGACUUCCUGGGAUUUUUGCUUGCCUUAAGGGUGCCGCUGUCAUUCAUUUCCAGGAUUUUAAUGCCGAGGUCCUCGAAUGUCUGACUAUUCCCAAUGUGAAUGCUAAUUGUCUAAAGAAGUCUCAAAAUUUGGCUACAGAUGUGGCAGAUCAAGCAGAACUCCGUUUUUUUGCUGGUGACUGGAGUGAAGUCCAUCAAAUUCUCCCUCAUAUAGUUACAAAUGGAAAGGACACAAAUUAUAGUCCAGGGCCGGAUCAAUCUGCUGGCUAUGAUAUUAUUUUUAUGGCAGAGACAGUUUACUCAAUCUCUGCUCUCCCUAGCCUCUAUAAACUUAUAAAGAAGUGCAUGAGUCGCCCUCAUGGAGUCAUAUACAUGGCAGCAAAGAAGCAUUAUUUUGGAGUAGGAGGGGGAUCUAGGCGGUUCCUAUCUGUGGUAGAGAAAGAUGGUGUUAUGGCUGCUAGCCUAAUUACUGAAGUUGCAGAUGGCUCCUCUAACGUUCGAGAGGUUUGGAAACUUUCAUUUAAGUAGAUUUUCUCACCAUAAAACUGGUUUAUGUCCAAUAUAAUUGUAGUCAAUCAUCUUUAAGAUAUGCUUUUGGAGAAAUCUUCAGCUUGUGUUACUUUCUUGUGUACAAAAAUGGAUGUACUGGUUCCAUGAUCAGAUCACAUAUCUCCAAAACAGUUUUUUUCUACUGAUUCAGAUUCAGAGUUAGUGGAUCAUGGUUCAUGUGGUUAUGUUAUGAGUUACUUUGAUGGUUAAUCGAAUUUUGGAAUAACCAUUUUUCUUUGUAUUUCAAUUUUAUGUCAUAUUGACACAUAGUCGAC